AUUUCAGGUUAUGUUGUUAUAUCACGGUGUUUAUAUCUGAUUUCCUAAAAUUUUGGAAAUGAUGCAAGAAUUAAAUGCCCGAUUAGGUUCUAUGUUUAAUACCCUAUCGUCUUUAAGCAAACGAAGAUCAUUUAAGUAUGGUUUGCCCUUCAUUUUAUUUAUGGUUGGAGGAUCAUUCGGUUUGCGAGAAUGGACACAAAUCAGAUAUCAAUUUUCUAAGGUUAAAGGUGUGAGUAAAGAGGAAGCACAAAAAAUGGGACUUAACAAAGACAAGGAUGUCACUUUAGAACAAACUUAUGAAGAAAUACAAAAACUUGACAUAGACAACUGGGAGAACAAGAGAGGACCUCGUCCAUGGGAAACUAUUGAAGAAAAAAAGAAGUGAUCGGGAAGCAAUUCAAUAAAGUGUACUAUUCCUAUUAGUCAUAAACCACA